AUGACCGUGCUCCGCGCCCUGAUGCAGCCUGUCGACGGCGGCGCGCUGCCCGCCUCGCUGCCCGCCCAGCACGCGCAGUACCCGCUCCCCCCUCCGCCGCCGCGGCAGCAGCCGCAGCCGCCCCCGCCGCCUCCACGCGCGCCGCAGCAGCAGCACGCCCUGCGGCGCGGCGGCGAGGAGCAUCAGCUGGCCUACGGGCCCGCGGCCGGCGCCGCUGCAUGGGCGCGCGGCGCGGCGCCCGCCGCCGCCGCCGCCCCUUUCCACGCGCCUCUGGCAGGCGCGGCGCCCCUCCUCUACGCCACGUCGAUCCUUCCCCCUGACGCUGCCGCCGCCGCCGCGGCGGCGGCGGCGGCGGCGCCUGCUGCCAUGUACGCGCCGGCGGUCGCCGCGCAGGCGCAGCAGUGCGGCGCGGGCGGCGCGUUUGCGCUCGUGGUGCCGCACCACGACCAGCAGCAGCUGCCCACCGUUUUCGGCGCCGCCACUGCCGCCGCCGCGAUCGCGGCGUCGGUCGCGCCGCCGGCGGCCCCGCCGCAGCCUCAGGCGAUGGCCGCCGGCCUGUUUGCUGCCGGCGGCGGCUGGGACGGCGCGCAGCUGGCGGGGCCGCCCCUGCUGCUUCCGCUCGCGCACGUUGGCGGCGGCGCACCGGCCGUCAGCGCGGGCGCGGCGGGGCCGCUCAUGUUUGUAUCUGAUGACAGCUGGGGGUCUGGCAGCCCGGGGGGCACCUACUACAUAACUUCCUCGGCCCUUCACCAAGUCCCAUGA